ACUACUACUCGGAGGCGGUUCGAAAAAGCGGAGCGCGCGUAAAUUCAUUCAGCUAAUACGAAAAAAAUAAGCGGAAAAUCCAAGGUGUGUGUGGGUUUUGUUUUCAAACUGCGUGUGCUUGUGCCCACAGGGUGAUUCCUGUUGCAAAGCGUCGAAGGUGCGAUCUGUCACACACUAGUUGUCCUGCUCGCACUGAGGCAAAUGUCAAAGUCUUCCGUUCAGUUAGGAAAACAGAACUGCAGGCAAAGUCAAUCGAAUCAGCGACAAAAUUAGCCCCACUAGGGAGAAUCUUACAUAUAGAUUAGGCCAACAUAACGCAACCGGUGUGGUAAAGUGAGAUCGGCCAGAUCAGAGAUAAUCCGAGCAAAAGCAUAUAUAACCAGCGAACAAUUUCCAGUUAUUCCCCACCCCGUCGUCGCCAUGGAGUCGGCCAAGGAUUUAGUGCGGUCCAAGUACCAGGACUUAUGUAACUUCCUGGAGCGCGACACCCGCGGCAGCGAGCUGGUCAUCUACGGCACCUCGGCGCUCCUCCUGGCGGUGGCCUACGUGAAGCGCAAGCCGGCCUAUCUGGUGCGCCAGUUCAAGCAGCCCUCGCACAUCCCGGAGCGCCUGAUCAGCGAGCGGGUGAUGCACACAGGCAGGAUUGCGGGGGUCAAGCAGCAGGAGCAGGACACCCUGCUGAUGAUCCAGCAUCGCCCUUUGAUUCCCAUCUUCACCAGCCGCCAGCGCCUGCUGCCCGUGAAGUUGCCCGGUGUUCGGGUGAAUGCCAAUGGUUACUCCUGGCUGCAGCAGUGCCUCAUUGGUCGCGAGGCCACCUUUCUGCCGCUGAAGAGUCCCAAGGGACAGGACUUUGUGGUCUGCCAGCUGUGCCUGGUCCAUCCGCCGCGGGGCAACCGCCUGCUGGACGUCUCAGAGACGCUGUUGAAGCUGCGCUUCGCCAAAUACGCCCAGGAUGCGGCGUCGGGGGUGAAGAGGAACGGAAAGUACUACCAGCACCUGAGGAAGGUCGAGCAGACCACCGCCGAGAAGGAGGCCUGGCUGUCGUGGGCCUCCGGCUAUCCCUACAUCUGGCGGCGCUACAACGAACUGAAGCAGCGCCUGCUGCCCAAGGAGAAGCUGCUGCCGGAGCUAGUGCGCUGAUCCCGAUCUCCAAGCCACUUACUUAGUUACAGGGCUAGCUCCCUAACUUAGUUAUACGGCUAGCCACUAGCCAGCUUAACCCAAUG